AUUCUAAUCAGGCACGUGUUAGACACCUAAACGUCCUGCUCUGUUUUCUCUGGGGUCCUUCAGGCUAGUUUGGCUGCUAGCUUCUGCGCAGUCGGCUGCUGUCAGAUCUGAUGCUGGAGUUUGUUUUGGUUGAGGAUGAGCUCUUCAUAUGUCGGGGAUGACCUGACUCCAUCAGGCAGCUUCGAGCUCUUCCUCCAUCAUCCCAGCUGUGUUGGAUAGACCUGUUGGUGGACUCCGUCUGCUCCGGGCCGCCCCGCCCUAACCUGUCCCUGCGUUGACCAUGUAUUGUCUGCAGUGGCUGCUCCCCGUGCUGCUCAUCCCCAAACCGCUGAACCCGGCGCUGUGGUUCAACCACUCCAUGUUCAUGGGCUUCUACCUGCUCAGCUUCCUGCUGGAGAGGAAACCCUGCACCAUCUGUGCCUUGGUUUUCCUGGCGGCGCUCUUCCUCAUCUGCUACAGCUGCUGGGGCAACUGCUUCCUGUACCACUGCCAGGACGCUGCACUGCCAGACUCCGCCCACAACCCUGCUAUUGUGGGGACCUAAAGGAGGGCGAGAACAAUGGACGAGGGCAGAGGUGCAGGGGGGAGCGAGACGAUACUGCCUUGCGGUAAAGAGGGGAAUGGAGCUCCUCCCACUGACGUGCUGGGGUAACGGAGGGAAGCGGGGAAUGAACAGCAUCUGGAAAUGCAGAGGGAAGCAGACGAGACCCCCCAGAAUCUGAAUGGAAGAGCAGAUCAGUGUCCCUCUCCCCCCUCUAGCUGUCAGAACCACACUGGAACCGGAGGUCCCUCUGCACAACCAGAACUCGGGACAAUCAGUCUGUGCAGACGACGUUCCUGAAGAUGGGGCGGUUACCCAGAAGCUCCGCCUCCGCGCCCACGCUGUAGAAGGAUUUAUUUUUAUGGUUUCUGUGUGAUUUGAGUUUUUCCUUCAUCAAUUCAAAGCAUCGAGUUCAGGUUGAUUUUUAAAUGAAUUAAAGGUGUUUGUGUUUACUGCUGUGAGACGUUCAGGUGUAGCUGUCACAGAUGUUGGGUCGUCCCUGUGGUGGAGUGUCCUGUACUGAACACUCACUGCUUUGGUUUUAAUUUAAAUAAAGUUUUCCUCUCUGUGCAAAAACCUCA